AGGAAUCUGACAACUCUACCAGGUCUUUGGAAUAUUGUAUGACACUACAUCAUGAGUGACAGUAAAUGUGAUAGUCAGUUUUACAGUGUGCAAGUGGCAGAUUCAACUUUCACUGUCCUAAAACGUUACCAGCAGUUGAAACCAAUUGGCUCUGGAGCCCAGGGUAUUGUUUGUGCUGCUUUUGAUACAGUUCUUGGAAUAAAUGUUGCAGUCAAGAAACUUAGCCGUCCUUUUCAGAAUCAAACUCAUGCAAAGAGAGCUUAUCGUGAACUCGUCCUCUUAAAAUGUGUCAAUCAUAAAAAUAUAAUUAGUUUGUUAAAUGUGUUUACACCACAAAAAACUCUAGAAGAAUUUCAAGAUGUGUAUUUGGUUAUGGAAUUAAUGGAUGCUAACUUAUGUCAGGUUAUUCAUAUGGAGUUGGACCAUGAAAGAAUGUCCUACCUUCUUUACCAGAUGCUUUGUGGUAUUAAACAUUUGCAUUCAGCUGGUAUAAUUCAUAGAGAUUUGAAGCCUAGUAACAUCGUAGUAAAAUCAGACUGCACGCUUAAGAUCCUUGACUUUGGCCUGGCCCGGACAGCAUGCACCAAUUUCAUGAUGACCCCCUACGUGGUAACGCGGUAUUAUCGGGCACCCGAAGUCAUCUUGGGCAUGGGCUACAAAGAGAACGUUGAUAUCUGGUCAGUGGGUUGCAUCAUGGGAGAGCUGGUGAAAGGUUGUGUGAUAUUCCAAGGCACUGACCAUAUUGAUCAAUGGAAUAAGGUUAUUGAGCAGCUAGGAACACCAUCAGCAGAGUUCAUGAAGAAACUUCAGCCAACUGUGAGGAAUUACGUGGAAAACAGACCGAAGUAUCCUGGAAUCAGAUUUGAAGAACUCUUUCCAGAUUGGAUAUUCCCAUCAGAAUCUGAACGAGACAAAAUAAAAACAAGUCAAGCCAGAGAUCUGUUGUCAAAAAUGUUAGUGAUUGAUCCGGACAAGCGGAUCUCUGUGGAUGAAGCUCUGCGCCACCCAUACAUUACUGUUUGGUAUGACCCCGCUGAAGCAGAGGCGCCACCACCUCAAAUUUACGAUGCCCAGUUGGAAGAAAGAGAACAUGCAAUUGAAGAAUGGAAAGAGCUUAUUUACAAAGAAGUAAUGGAUUGGGAAGAAAGAAGCAAGAAUGGUGUUGUGAAAGAUCAGCCUUCAGAUGCAGCAGUAAGUAGCAACGCCACUCCUUCUCAGUCGUCAUCUAUCAAUGACAUUUCAUCCAUGUCCACUGAGCAGACACUGGCCUCAGACACAGACAGCAGUCUUGAUGCCUCGACGGGACCCCUUGAAGGUUGUCGAUGAUAAGUUAGAAAUAGCAAACCUGUCAUCGGUGAAGGAACUUUCACUUCCACAAGCCUGAAAUGCUUAGGAGUUGAUGGAACCAAAUAGAAAAACUCCAUGUUCUGCAUGUAAGAAACACGAUGCAUUGCCCCUACUCAGUUCUUAUAGGAUUGCCUGCUUAGAUUAUAAAAUGAAGCAGAUUAUGUCUGAAGAAAAAAAGUGCAAGCCACACUUUUAGCAAUUUUGUCCAAGAUCAUUUCAGGUGAGCAAUUAGAUGAAUUUUUUUGAAGUCGUGUGGUAAUAGUAGUGACAAUUUCUCAUCAUCCGUAACUGUUGGGACUUAUAUGCAUGUGACCACAAAUGCUUGUUUGGACUUGCUGAUCUAGCACUUUGGAAAUCAGUAUUUAAAUGCCAAAUAAUCUUCCAGGUAGUGCUGCUUCUAGAAUUAUCUCUUAAUCCUCCUAAGUAAUUUGGUGUCUGUCCAGAAAGAAUAGAAUUUGUGUGUUAAUUGGCCACCAUAUUAUAUCUUACCCCCUUUUAUGGUAUUAUUUAUUCUAUCUUUUGUAUUUCAGAAGGAAUAUAAUUAAGUCUAUUUAAUAAGUACAAAAUAUAGCUUUUCUUAAAUUUGUGAUGUUUGGGGCUGCAAACUAUCACUGCUAAAACCAAGACACUUAUAUGAACACUCUGUUUUCUCUACAUUGUCUAGUCUGGGACGAGUGUCCAUUCAGCUUUACUGCAUGAUAAAAUUUUCAGUUUUGUGCUGCUUAAGACAUAUAACUUUGAAAUCCUAUCUACCUUAUCUCUUUUUUCUCAAUCUUCUGGACUUAUUUAAACUGCUACCUACAAUUUCACCUUCUUUAUUAGGCACAUAACACUCCAUCUCAAUAAUAUUAUGGCAAAUAGACUCUUGAAUCCAUUGCCUAAUGUUAGAAUAGAAUUUUACAAAAUGAUCACUAAAGAUUAUUGUAAUCAUUUACUAAGUGCUUCCUUCACCAGAGACUGGCUUGGGUUCUUUACUUACCUUCCGUCAUUCAGGUGAAAUUCGUGAUUUCACAAGGCAGCCUUUCCCUUUGCCAAUACCAUGUUCUUAAUCGAUUUUCUUUUUUCACUGAAAGAAACCAGAUAAACCCCCCUUUGGUCUGUUUUAGGAGGCAAGGCUGAUUCAGAAUGCCUGUUUGCUGUUGUUUUCCAUUUUGUGGAGGCAUUUCCUUUGUCUAAGGGAAAGCCAUGAAACUUCUGGGAAAACUCUUCAGAGGGAUAUGAAGGAAAUACCCUAACGAAUAGUAAUUAACUAUUGAAUAUUUUCUGAUUUAAAACUGCUCACCUGAAAUUGAUACUUUCAGACUUUUUGAUAUGUAAAUUAUUCAAACUUUAUUAAGAUACUGAGUAUUCAAGUGUCACUGCAGAAAUGGAGUUAUGAUGAUCACAUUUUGGCUACCUGUGCUCAUAAUGUUUUUUGCCUUGAGCUUAAUUUGUUACCAAUUCAUAUCUUUUGUUCACUUAUCUUGGAAGCUAUUUGGUCAACAUUCUAUAGAAUGUGUUCUGAGGAGGAACUUUGAUAAGAAAGUUAUUAUAAAUAUUAUCUAAAAUGUAUGAUUCUCUUCUGUACCAGUUGUAUCUUAUUGGUUGGUCUUAUCACUGGAAACUGGAACCCUUGAUGAGCAAAAUUAAUAUUGAAAUAAGAAAUAGUUUUAUGUUGUGUCUUUUAGACACUUUCAAGUACAAAAUGGAAAUACUAACUUGGACUGAUGCAGAAACACCUAUUAUAUGGCUUGAGAUUCUUUUAGCCUUGAAGGCCUGAUGGUAUAGUUAAGAAAGUUAUCACUAUACAUAUAUAAACAUCUUAAAAUGGCCUUCUCUCUAAUACACAUUCUUUUAAAAGACUUUAUUUACUAAAUCUAUCUUUAAAAGGAAAAACAAAGAAAAGGGAGAGUUUUAAAAAUGCACUAUCUGCUCUAUGCCAUGUAAAUGCAGCACGCUGAUAAUGAGGGCUCAUUGGGGUCCCACUUACGAGAAGAUGCUUGUAAGUGGAGCAAGGUGCCCCACAGGUUGGCUGUCUGCUCACUCAUUCCUCUGUGCAUUCAGCAAGCCUGUUGUCACGGAUGGAGCCCGUGAUGUGUUUCCUGCAAGACCAUCUUCUGUCAGGUAGAGGAGAGUGCACCUAGGACAGGACACCGAGCUCCGUAGAAAUACCUCACCCCAGUUUUAGGGUCCUCCCUCCUGAGCCUAGAUUUGCCAGGGUCCUGGUGCAAUGCAGAUAGUUUCAAACUGAUCUCUGUGGAUAAAUGCUGAUGUUGCAUAAAGAACAAAAAUGUGCCCAACUUUUUCAUCUUUUCUAUUUUAUUUUUGUAAUUUAUUUUGUACACAACCCUGGAAGUAACUAUUUUGGACAUGUAUUUUUAUAAACCAGGUAAUUUAUUGUUAUCCUGGAAUUUGGACUAGGUUUGUUUCAUUUGUUGGCUUAGUUUUCAGUCAAAAAGGAAAUGACUGUUUCCCCUUUGUCCAGGUCUUAAUUUCAAGUGCAGGUUCUGAAGAGCAGACAGAAUUCUAUCAGAGUAGGAGAGCAGUCUAGAAACACUGGCUAUGCACAUUGAAUCAGUUUUAGGCCUAGAGAUGGAAACGGCUCUGUUCUUAUCUUUGGAAUGCAAAGCUCAGAGCCCCAGUGCUGAAAGGAGAAAGCCCACUGCAGGGCCCCUUGCUGAUACCUAGAGUCCAUUAUUUGAAACACUGAACAGGAAACUGGUUUAAUCCAGAUGUAAUGCUGUAUAAGUCAUGAUAAUGACGUAUGAGUUCAUCUGGUUAAUUUUUAAUGUAACUCCUCCAGUAUUUCAUACUGGUAAUAAAUACAGGUGUGACCUUUCAGAUUGCAUAUCUCAAAAGUAACAUUGCCUAAUGUUUUAUAAUAAAAUAUAUUAUGUGUGUUUUGAUUGGUGAAAAUAAUACAGACUACAUUUUCAAAAAGAAA